AUGGGUGGAGCUGAUGAACAAAAUCCCUCUCCAUAUGCUCGAAGUUUACAUGAUACAACUUAUGCAUAUUUGAGAGCAUUGAAUUUAACAAUGUUAAAAUAUGGAUAUAUGUCAAGUGAUUUAGCCAGAAAUGGGACACAGAUAAACAAUAUGAGUAAAGGGGAAUUUGAUGGAGAAACUGGAAGAGUAAAUCUUGAUUCAUUAGGCAACAGAGAACCAACAUUUUACGUUACAAUGCUUGAUGCGUCUGAUAAACCUCAAGAUGUUAUUGAAAUAAGUAUUGUAAACAAUAUUUUGUCAUUAACUAAAAAAUAUACUGAUGAAGCAACUAUUUGGGCAAAUAGAGGAGGAAAGAGACCUUUAUAUAAACCAUUAUGUGGAUAUACAGGUUUAGAAUGUCCACAAAAUAUGACAACAUAUAUACUAAUUGGCGGCGGAUUAAUUUUACUUUUAUUUGUAGCAACAGUCUCGGGUAUUAGUUAUGCUAUUAGGUUGGACAUACAUUUGUUACACUAUUUAUUUAUUUAUUUAUUUAUUUGCCUCUUGGGCGACAUUACAAAUUUGAAAAUACAUAUAUGGAUUGAAAAAAUAAAUUAA